UCAUAAGCAGGUAAAAAUGUAUGCUCCCAAAGCAGGGAGCCACCGCAGGUGGUAAAUCACAGCCUCUAUUAUAUACAGCACCAACGUCAUGGCAACCAACAGCCAGCACUUGCGCAGCAGAGACAUGUUGCGCCGAAAGCUAGCUCCUUCGACUGCAGCAAGCGUCGCUGCAAGAAACCAACAACACCAAAGCACACCCAAUAGAAAGCACCAGCCGACGAAUCACGUCAACUGCUGCAGCGCCCAUUAUCCUCGACUCACAGCUGAACCAAUACAUAAGUAGUGUGCUGAUUGCUAGAGCUGACACACAUAAAGCGGCCGCCAGCUGCCGUAGCAUCAUCUUGCCAAUCCGCUGCAUGGUCGACCACAGAGGCUCGGGAUUGAAGUGGGUACCAACGACCACCUCUCUUGUGCUGCCGUCGGGGCCACGAACGAUCUUAUACUCUAACGUGGUCGGAAACUCCUCGAAGUUAGCUUCGUAUCCGGCAGCAUUUCUGAACCUGCAGUGAGACAAUCACAUGCACUCGUAGAGUUGGCCGUCUUGUGAUAUGUCCCCUCACGUACUCAACCACUGAGGCAGCUAUCGCCUUCUCCUCGCGACCAUGCGUGACGUCAGGGGCGCCCUCUCCACCGCCCUCUGAAGCGAAACAUCCCUUGCUGUAGUCGUCAAUGGCAAUCGCCGUUGUCGUGUGUGCUGUGGAAGUGGAGAGCAUGGACCGAUAGGGCGGAAUGCGCUCAUGGGCCUGCUCUGCUGCCGUCGGGACGCACUCCUCAGCUGCCCCCUUAUCUAUGCUCCGAAUCGGUGUCAUUCUCCUCCCCCAAAGCUUCCAUUGUUUCCUGCUGUGGGAAUCUGAUGUCGCUGCCCUCUUCUCCAGAUGGAUCCA